CACCUGCGUAUCCUGUUCUCUCUCUAUCUCUCUCUCUCUCUCUCUCUCCUCGCAUUCUCCUGUUCGCACGUGCGUUUCACUGACUAUAUCGGGACAUUUAAAAUAGUUCGAUGCCUGGAGUUUGCGCGUUAUUUAGAGAACCCAGUUUUCAGGUUUUUGCUGAAAUCUAAAUGACUCUGAGUUCUUUUUAGCAGUCUGAGCACUGCGUCUGAUAGCCAUUGACUCCAUCACCAACGUUUAUCGUUAUCCUGCCAGUUAAGGCGUCCGGAUUCCGCAGCAGAAGUUUAUGGUUUUUCGAGUGCAGCGCUCUGCCCUAGCCUUUCGGAUUCUUGGUUCAUGCGAUGUUUGUCUGAUCAUCAAAGAUAUCAGUUGUGAAAAGAAUUUCGACCAGGAGCCCUGAGCGGAGAAUCGAAAUUCCUCGCAAUCAGUAGUCUACCUGCGACUGGCCACGCUGUUCUGUCCGCGACAACUCGCCGCCGCCAUCGUCUUCUCCAUCCACACCGGCGUAGCUCGCACAAAACGUGCUGCAGUUAGCCCUCCAAAGCUGUCCACCCUUUCGCGGAUUUCACCUGGUGAGCUCGCACAAAACGUGCUGCAGCAAGCCGUCAGCGCCUUCCACCCUGCCCGCUGUCCACGUGGUGAGCUCGCGCAAAGCGCGCUGAGCGAACCGGCGAGAUCCUGCCUUGCGCAGUUGAUCAAGCCUUCCUCCGGAACCUUCCCCGGGACCCUUUGUUUGCACCUGACAGUCCGCUGAAUUCGGUGGAUCAUGCCAGCAAAGACACUCGGAUCCGCAAGAGCUAUAGCUAAACGGAAGCGGGACAAAGAGAUUCCAUCAGAUUCACCACGGCUUUCUCAGGAUGCGCUGUUCCGGAACGAGGCCGUGGAAAAUCCGCUCUUUGUGAUCCGUACAUCCAAACGAUCCAAACACGAUUCAAACGGUCUUUUGACGCUGCCUUCACCAAGAAGCGUCCGUGAGCCGUCGGCGGAAACAGCGAAAACGAUUGGAUAUGUGGAGGAAUUCUUUGCUGCGCCGCAGCUCACUGCGCCGGAACUCGAGCAGUUGCCCACUGCCACAACUCCCGAACCUCCAGAACAAUCGUCGUCCGUGCCUGCAAAAUCACGGUCAACGUCUGCCGACCGGUCAUUCUCGGUCGGGAUGGAUGUCCAAAAUGAAGUCACCGUGGGAAGUGCACUGGACCAAAGCAGCGACCUCAACAACGGAUUGCCACAGUCUUCAUCACUGGGUUCGCUUACUGUCGCCGAAGAAGUCCAAGUGGAGGACGACGACAAUGUGAGCGAUGCCGACACUGGAAUAAAUCACGAACUCCUUGAAGCUUCCGACGAAGAAUCCCCGCAGUCCCCUGCUGCAAGCGUACCGGCAGUCGGCAUUGAUCACGGAGACUUUUUCCCACCGGAAGCUGAUGAUCCGACUCUUAUCGAUCCCGACACUUGGACCGACAUAUUCCAGCGAGCUUACGAGACGCCGAAGGGAUGCAAGCGUUCUCCGUCCUUCGUGCCCGAGAAGGAAUGGGAACAUCUGAUUCACGAACUUCCCACCUUCAAGUACGUCCUCGAGCGUGAAAAGUACGGCGAACAACUCAGUCGGCUUAUAAAGAAACUUUCUCGUCUGUAUGCGAAGGAGGAGUGGUAUGCUGGAUUGCUGGUACGAAGCGAGGAAAUGGUAUACACGGACGAAGAGCUUCUGAAUUCGCCGCAUUUUCAAAAGUUGGAAACUGCCGGAAAAAUCAAGUACGUCCUCCAGAAGUUUAAAGGCGUUAAAGGAAAAGACAUGGUGCUGCUGGAGAAGAGUGGUAAAGAACAUCCGCUAAAGAACGGGGAAAACUGGAGGGACGUCAUUGAGAAGCAGAAGGAAUACGUGGCCAAACUGCGCACCGACCUUCUUGCCUUAAAAGAUUCCCCGUUACUGUCCACUGCCGGAUCCAAGAAAGCACCGCUGCCGGAGCCCUUCCACGAACUCCUCUGCCUUGUCUCGUAUGCCGCUUUUACUGACAAAGAGUUCCAGGGGGUGUAUGGACAUUUCGGUCCCGAGGUGGUUGAAAACCCGCCCAACGACCGCGGACUAGUGUGCUUGGUACGCGUAAUGGAGAAAGUAUUCGAUUGUGGCCCGCUUACUGGAAUUACGAUUCCUGAAUGGCUCUACUCUACCGCGCUGUCAUUCUUUGCAUGGCACAGGGAAGAUUACUUGAUGGGCAGCAUCAACACCGUACACUGGACGGACGGCGAGGAUGGUCGAAAACUCUGGCUGGUUCUCGCCCCCAAAGAUGCACCAGUUCUUCAGGAGGUUGUGGAAGAGCUGAUUAAAGAGGGAAAUCUGGACUACAACUGCAAAUACUUCGCCAUCGGCAGUCACCACAAGCAGGCCAUCGUCUUGGUAAUUGAACGACUACUGCAGAGGGGUGUGCAUGUGUAUUACGCCAUGCAAGGAGCUGGACAAACCAUGGUUCUCUCGCCCGGAACGCCACAUAUGGGCGGCCAGCUUGGCGCCAACAUUGCAUCAGCUGUUAACUUCGCGGAUCUUGACUUGUUCGUAAAGACCGUUCUUGACAGAAACGCCUAUGUCCAGUGCGACGAUGACAAGGCCGCAAAGGAGCGAGGUGAACAGCACGGGUUUGAUAAUAUGGAGUCUCGCGAAAACCUGGAAGCAAUUCGCCGCGCUGCGGAAGAGAAACUUGAAUACCUGGGCAAUCCAGAGUAUCCCACGCCUGACCAACUGGCUUACGCUGUUCAAGGCAAACAUUUCCUUUGCCAGGCCGAAUUCCAGCGAGUAUCCAAUGCCAAGAUAGUGCCGGAGCUGCUGCGGGAGAAGUUUUUCACCACACAGGAAUUCCCUAGCCGGUUUAUUAAUUCCGAGCCGGGCAUUCCUGGCGUGCGCCUUCCAGAUGCUGUUGCAUACACUGCGCUGGCUGACAACCUUUUUCAGAAAAAGGAAGUGGGAAAAAAUGCUCCAGACUGGGAGCUGAUUGGGUAUAUUCAGUAUGAAGGCAGCUUUGCAGAAGCGAUGGCAGCCAUUCGGGCUGGCGAAUUGAAAAUUGAUCUCUUGAAAGGAGUCCAGCGCUUCCAUGCCGGGAAGAGAUUGAAAAGGAAACGUUUUAAGGUUACUGUCUAUUGGAAUUGUUCACGAGAAGAAAUUCAGCAAAUUAUCGCCCACGAAUGGGCAAAGGCUUUGCAUAAAACGCUAGAUCGCUUGGGGCUGGAGGCACUGGAGAUCAUUCGGGACACUUAUGAACGCACUGUCAAGGACCACUGCCAAAAGAAUGGCCUGCCAAUAACCGCACGCCCUCGACAGUUUUAUCCCAUAUUCAACGAAACACUCGGCCCGCAUCGAACCAUGUAUGCAGCAUUUAAAAAAGAUUUCAAAGAGAGGCUCGGCAGCAUUUUUCCCUGCAUGCAGCGCGACAUCCUGACUUUGCAUGCGGAUACGAGCAAGCGCGGUGACAAAGUCCUGAACAAGUUCUGCAAUAUUGCACAGCUGCCCCCGGACAGUAUGGACCGUGUGCGCGGUCUCUAUGCGGCUUUGAAAGACCCAAAUUUUGCUGAGGCAGUACACGUACAGGAAUCCAAAAGUGAUUAUAUCCCUGCAGUUUUUGGGAAGCUGAUGUCACCGCUGAAGUUGUCAGAGUUGCUCCCCGACCAGAUGGCGGCAAGGAAAGCUCUCAGCUCAGAGACGGAGUAUUUUGUCUGCUUCAACGCCGCUGUCGAUUUCAUCGUAAAGGAUGGCUACGACUUCCGAUGGGCGUGCAAGUGGCCGAAUGUGGUCAAUGCGGCGCUCGGCAAGAAUAUCGUUGUUGAAGAAAAGGAAAAGAGAAAGAAGAAAGCUGUGGCCCCGGCAACAACGGUAGUUUCGGAAAGGUUGACACGAAGUAAAGCGCCCGUUGCCGAGUCGGAAAAAAGAGCCGAGUCACUGGCAUCGGAAGCCGCAUCCUCCCUCUCUUCCACUGGUACGACUUCCAACGAGACCACUACCACCAAAACCCGCAAAGCACAAAGCGGAAAGAACAGCAACAGCGGCACCACGAGCAAGCCGUCCACCGUCCCCGCAACUGUCCAAAACACCACCGUCGCCGCUGUUAAGGGCACAGGAAGGGGACAGCCGUUCCCUGCCUUUGAUGUAACUGGAGAUCUGGACUUGAAGAAUCUUGGUCUCACCUAUCCGUGGACACCGUUUUCAGAUUACACGGACGAACGCCCUGCCGGCACUGCUCCGCUGCCUCCAUGCCACUCUGCCUCAAUGCUGGCUUCUUCCGUUGCCCUGCUUAAAGCCCAAAGAAGCAACCAGUUUUUCCAGAUCAUGCAAACCGCAAUGGUCAAUGAAGUCCGAAUACUUCAACGAUUCUGUCAUCGACCAGAAUUGGUAGUGGUCGUAAAAUUUCGGGCGCAGCUCUACGAUCCAGACCCGUUCAAAUGCGUGGCAAAGGCUGACCUCGACGUCUACGGAUAUUUCAGCCCGGAGAAGCGCCAAUAUGAAUGUCUUGGCCGGGUCUAUAACCAGCCGUUUAUCGAUUCCUACGUCCUUGUAGAAGAUUUAAUGUUCACACGCAACGGUCUGGAGCUUGAGAUAAGCGAUACUCAAGCCGGUGUCAUCGCAACCUUUUGCCGUAAUGCGUUCAUUUAUGACGGAACGCGUUUUGAGUGUAGCGCUGAUGGUGUACAGGUACCGAUCUUUCCACCCAACGAGCAAAUAACACCAUAUCUGGCGGAGGUCCGUGAGUUUCUGAUGCAAAACAACGAACCGCCAGUCAGCAUGGACGGAUUUGCUCCAAUGAUAGUGGCAUUUAGCCGCUGCCAGAAUUUGGCGUAUCACCUCACGUUUGCUCUACGCAGUAAGACACCUUUGGUGGGCGAAGAGGCCAUUGCGGACGUUCCGCUAAUGGCUGGUCCGCUUUUCUACGCGGCAUUUCUGAAUCGAUUCGCCGUUGCCAGCUCCGGCACACAGAACGGCAACUGUCUCUAUCAAGCCGUGUCGGUCGCCCUGGCUGGAACACCAGACUUGGAGUGCCAUGUACGCUUUGUUGUCCUUGCCAUGCUCGAAAAGCACUUUCACGUAGCUGGCGAGUUGGCGGGUCUGCUGAAUUGUCUGAACCACAUGGGCAUAACCUUUACAAGCAUCGUGCUGCACGCCGUCAAAGAUGUGCCUAGCGUCAAGCCGCUCGCUGCACACUGGGGAACCCUUUAUAUCCUGGCCACAGUGCUCGCCCGUCCCAUCUACGUGCAUGACUCUUCUGCUGGCACUGCGAGUCGCAAGAACCCGACUGAGUGGAAAAAGAAUUACACCGAUUUACAGUUGUCUGCGGUGUUGGACGAUUCAAGCAAGGGGCAAGUGUUUAAUUCACUGUUUCGAAAAUCGGAACCUCUCGCAGCCGAACCACUGCGCUUUCUGUACACCGGGUCGAAAUUUUAUCCUGUAUUUGCCCGGGCGACAGACGACCUACAUCGAUUCCCGCCAUGCGAUGUGUAUCCCAAUGAAGACCGCAUUCUGGAAACUGGCCAAACGGAGAGCCCACGUUCACCAUCUCCCGCGUCUUCUGUUGGCUAGUAGCACAAAAUGACUUUUCAGUUUAUUGGCUGUAUGGUUUACGAUUGUUGUUUUUUGAAAUUCUUGAACUUCCUUUAUUUGGCUAUUUAGUUUUUAGUGACCUGUGAUGGUAUAUACCCAGGAAUGAUAUCAGCAGCGGCUUUUUUUCAAUCACUGUU